UGUUGACGGAUAUUGCAUGCUGACAACAUAUUCCUCCAAAAAGAUUGCGUGUAGUUUGCGACACAGUACAAAUAUACACGUACACCGACUGACGGAGUCAGAAUUGGCUGGCUCAUUAGUAGCUGUAACAAAGAAAGGACUGUCACAAUCAGAUUAUCGAUAAUAAUGAGAACAUGAGUCCCUAGUAUUUAUAAGCAACAAGUUCUCCACCUUCACCUCAGAAUUACUAGCAGUAGAAAGUAACAGCAACAUCUCUACAUUGGAACGAUCCACCCAGGUAGUCUACAGCCAGAGACAGAUUGGUUGAGCUCACUUCUUCAGACAGCGCAAAGUGAUUGGUGAAAAUGUCUGCAUUUGGUUCAGAUCAAGUUCCUGGGCCACCUUCCAUGGCAACUGAUGCUGUGUUGGUUAAGUGUACACAAGAGAUUCCAGACUCUGUCCCCAAAGUCAAAGGUUAUGAUUUCAACAAAGGCAUUAACUACCAUGAGCUCCUAAAGUCCUAUGCCUGCUCAGGAUUUCAGGCCACCAACUUUGGAUUGGCUGUUCAGGAAAUCAAUAAAAUGAUCGAUAAGAAGAUGGAACCAGUUCCCCUCGACAGACAAGAGGAGAUCAAUUUGAAUCCUGUUAAUCGAAAAAGAUCCAACUGUACAAUCUUCCUUAGCUACACCUCCAAUCUCAUAUCAUCAGGCGUCCGAGAGGUUUUCAAAUACCUUGUACAGAACAAUAUGGUGGACUGUAUAGUAACCACAGCUGGAGGAGUGGAGGAAGAUUUUAUCAAGUGUUUAGCUCCAACAUUCAUAGGAGACUUCAGUCUCAAGGGGAAAGAACUGCGUGAGAAAGGUAUCAACAGAAUAGGAAACCUGCUCGUACCUAAUGACAAUUACGGUCUGUUUGAGGACUGGCUCAUGCCCAAAUUGGACAUAAUGCUCAAAGAACAACAGGAAGAGGGAACAUUGUGGUGUCCAUCCAAAUUCAUUGCUCGACUUGGCAAGGAGAUAGACAACCCAGAUUCUGUGUAUUACUGGGCCUACAAAAACAACAUUCCUGUAUUUUGUCCAGCCCUCACAGAUGGAUCUAUUGGAGAUAUGCUGUACUUCCAUUCCUACAGAAAGCCAGGUUUAGUUUUAGACCUCAUUGAAGAUAUCAGGAGAAUGAACAACCAGGCUGUGUAUUCUAUUAACACUGGAAUGAUAAUCCUGGGAGGAGGAAUCGUCAAACACCACACCUGUAAUGCUAACUUAAUGAGGAAUGGAGCAGAUUUUGCUGUGUACUUGAAUACAGCCGGUGAGUUUGAUGGCAGCGACGCUGGUGCUAGUCCAGACGAGGCCGUGUCCUGGGGAAAGAUAAAAAAGGAUGCCACACCUGUUAAGGUCUGUGCUGAAGCUACACUAGUUUUUCCCUUAAUGGUUGCCGAGACGUUUGCUCGCAGGGAAAAGGAAUACCAAUCUCUACAUCAGUCAGACUGAAGCUGAAAUCUUACUCUCCUAUACGGGAGAUUAAUCUGACAUGUAAACCUUGUGAUACUGAUGUUUAGGUUGUUAGGUGACCGAGAAACAUCAACCUGUUAUUUGUUUUAUAUAAAGGCAACACCACUGUUUUUAUUUCGUUAAGAUUGAGAGCAGUAUACGACGUAGUAUUAUCUGCCUUAUUUUUAACCGUUAAACUGUUAAAAGAAUGACAUAAUUGUUAUGUGAAUGUACAUGGACUACCAAAUACAUAUUGAUGUAACCUAACUUUUGAUAUACGUACUAAGUAUGUGAACUACCAGGUAAUACAAUUUAUAUGUAACAGAAGAAUGACG